GGGUUUCGGAGCGCAUUUCAGAUUUUGGUCCCGAUGCGCCAGACGUACCAAUUCGACUCGCUGACCUGGCGGCCGUGCCGCGCACACGCGUGCGGACGGUUCGCCAAGGUCCUCGGUCUUUGCCUUGGCCACGCCGACCACCCGCCAUCGUCCGCCACGAUCGCUGCGCUCAAGCAGUCGCCUACGACCAGUGGCGCCACCGACGCGCUGCGCCAGCCCACAGUCACGACGUCCGGACGCAUCUGCAGGGCGCAAAUGUGCUCGAAAACCGCAAAGUCGGGCGGCUACUGCAUCGCGCAUGGCGGCGGGAAGCGGUGCGGCCACACUGCGUGCUCCAAGUCUGCCAAGGAAGGCGGGUUUUGCAUUGCCCACGGAGGCGGAAAGCGCUGUUCCCUUCUCGGAUGCUCGAAAUCGGCGCUCGCGGGCGGCUAUUGCGUCAGCCACGGCGGCGGGAAGCGCUGCAGUGUCCCUACUUGCACCAAGUCGGCCGUCUCGAGCGGCGUAUGCAUUGCGCACGGCGGAGGCAAGCGUUGCCAACGCCCUGGCUGCGGCAAGAGCGCUGUCGGUGGCUUUCUGUGCGUGUCUCAUGGAGGCGGUCCGCGCUGUGUCUACGCAGGCUGCAACAAAGGCGCCGUGAGCUGCGGCAUGUGCAUCAAGCACGGUGGCGGCCGGCGACUACCUGCCCGCCCGACGGCUCAGGUGUCGAGCUGAGACGGUGCUGUGCUAACUUAUUUUAUAUAAUUCAUCACAAAACAUAAAGAAACCAGCAUGAAACGGUUAAAACGCUAUUACCAGGGA